AUGCAGAAUCCAUGUCGUAAUGCUGAACCAGGAAUAUUUUUAGUAUCCCUUGUGGUUUCCCGAUCGUCUGUUUCUCCAUUUUCUCUCCAGCAAUCAGAAGGCGCGUAUGCGAGGUCCUUGGGUCUUCCGGGUAUGCUCAAUCGCCACCAUGAGUUCCAACCUCAUGUUGCAAUGAAGGCAAUGAAGAACUGGCUACGAGAGACCGCUUCGUUGAGGCGGAAGCACAUGGGUGGAAGCAAUGCCUUGUCUUCAAAGGCAAAGACUCAAACAUUGGCUGGAGCCUACGCGUACUCCCCAACAGCAAUGCAACCAACCAUUUCCAUUCCUGCGCCUGCUGGAUAUACCAUCAGGAAUGGAGUAUCAGUGCAUGGCAUAGUCGAUAUUGCUGCCCCUCUGGAUCCCGACACAGGAACGGCGGUGCCGGGAAUUGUUGUACCAUCGGGCAAACAGACUGCUGCACAGAAGUUGUCGUCUCAGCAAGCAACCGCGGUGGAUCCUCGCAUGCAGGUCAAUCCAACCACUGGGGUCGCGCAAUCAUAUCAAGCGGCAGCUGGCGGCAUGAAUGCUGCUCUGUAUGGUCAAAAGAUGGCAGCACUAUCCUCCCAGACGCAACCGCAGCAAUUGGCUCAAGUUGAGGAGGACGAAGACAUGUAUCCGACAGAACCAGCCGCCUCAGAGAGCUACCUAGCGGGCCCCGGCGACACCUACAACGUUCCGGAGUAUCCAAAGCCGCAAGUGUAUACGGAGAAAGGAGGGCCUCUGGUUUCAGAGGACGAACCGCAGAAGUUUAACGAUUACCCCGAAAGCUCCAGUGCUCUCACUAGCGGCGUCACCUCGUCUCCUCCAGUAUAUCAGGCUCCUAAGCCGGUUCCUAACUUCUUCAGUCCUCCUUUCCAGCAAUGGGAAGACGAAGAUGCAGCACAACAUGCGUACAAUCUGCAGCAAUGGCGAUUAAAGAUUUUGCAGGCUAAGGUACAACAAGCAGCAUUGAGGAAGAAGUUGCUCGACUUGGCGACUGAGAGCACAGAUAAAACUUCUGUCCAUGACGACCACCACCACCAUCGACAUCAUCUUGCUUACCGUCGUAGAGAUCGUGAAUCCAGACGUCACAGGGAGAAAUUCUUCCACGAGGUCGACAAGCUUCGACGAGCCACAGGCCUGCAAUUGAAGCACAUCGAGCAGCAGGUCCUUGCUCUGGCUCACUUGACUGAGAAGUCAGUCAAGAACAUGCGAAAAGAACAAUCUGAUUCCGAUCAUCAAGCCGAUGAUCAAAACCCACCGAAACAAGUGGGAGCCUUGCGGAAGCUGAAGGCGCACACAGAUGCUGAGUUCAAAGAAAUAAUGCAGGCGGUCAAGGCGCUGAGGAGUAAGAUUGAUCAUGGCCACGACAUAGCAGCCAUCGCGGAAGAAUCAGCCAAGAGGGAUGGUGGGGUUCCUGCACAGGUGGCGCUAUGGAAGAAAGUAACAACAGAUACGAACAGAUAA